CUCUCCAGUCGCGGCGAGGUGGCUGCAAACUCACGGGCACGCACGGCGCUCGCCGAGCCGAGGGACCCGGGGGAGGGGACGUGCGCAAGGCGCUGGCAGCUCCCCGCCGAGGUUGAAGACACCGGGGGCCCUGGGCAGGGCAGAGCGCUGGCGGCCGCGGCUUCCCCUUUCUCUCUCCGCCGAGCUCCGGAGAGACUCGGGGACUGGCCCUAAAAAAGAGCAGGAAAUCUUGUUUACCGCCCGGGGAGAGGAGCCCAUCGAGCCUUUGUUUGGAAAGUCAGCAUCGCCGGCUCCCGCGGCACCGUGUUCCUGGUGACAUUAGCCCAGGGUAGACGGGUCGGAGGAAAAGGGGGGCUCGCCAGGCUCGGCUCUGCCUUCGGAGGAGGAUCCGGAGGGUGACUUUUGUGCAUUUGUUUGAAUUCGCGGAGAUCUCUUUCCCACCCCCUUGCCUCUCUCUCGCCCGCCGCCGGGCAUGUCCUGAUCUGGUGGCCGCGCCUACCAGCCCGGGGCUGCCGAGCCGAGCCGUCUUCCGCGGGUCUCCCCUCCCUCAGUCCCUGACUUUGCACUACCGGGAGGGCUGAUCUCUGCGAGCGGGGAGGCGGGGGAGUCGCAGACGCCGGGACCCGAAGCCUGACAUGCUCCGGGGCGGACCGGAGGCAGCCGGGAGGAGCUGAGCGCAGCGCCGAGACCGCUUCGCCCGCCCGCCGGCUCGCAGCGCCUUCGCCCUCGGCUGGGCGCCAGCCUCGCUCGUCUGCUGGGACGUCCCCUCCUCUCCCGGGGUCCGGGGCCGGCAGGACCAUGCUGCUGAAGGAGUACCGAAUCUGCAUGCCGCUCACCGUGGAGGAGUACAAAAUCGGACAGCUGUACAUGAUCAGCAAACACAGCCAUGAGCAGAGUGACCGGGGAGAAGGGGUAGAGGUCGUGCAGAAUGAGCCCUUUGAGGACCCUCACCAUGGCAACGGGCAGUUCACCGAGAAGAGAGUAUAUCUCAACAGCAAACUGCCUAGCUGGGCUAGAGCUGUUGUUCCCAAAAUAUUUUAUGUGACCGAGAAGGCGUGGAAUUAUUACCCGUACACAAUCACAGAAUACACAUGUUCCUUUCUGCCGAAAUUCUCCAUCCAUAUAGAAACCAAGUACGAAGACAACAAAGGAAGCAACGACAGCAUUUUUGACAAUGAGGCCAAAGACUUGGAGAGAGAAGUGUGCUUUAUCGACAUUGCCUGUGAUGAAAUUCCAGAACGCUACUACAAAGAAUCCGAGACCUGGUCCACCCUGUGCGGUCUCAAAGUCAAGUUCACAGAGAUCUCAGAUGAGGCGGAUGGUGUCGACCAGCGUUUUGUCUGGUUCUUUUGCCUGAUUGCUUAG